AAGUUCGGUUCACUUCCUUUACAGGACAGCUGCUGCUGUGUGUAUGUGUGUGUCUAAGUGUGUGUCUAGGUGUGUAAAAAAGAGACAGUGCUGCAGAAUGAGAUACGGGAGAGGCUGAGUGACUGUGAGAGAUGCCGUCCAAUAAGAGUGUUUCAGACGCGCCAAUCACUCAGUUCAUAAACUGCAGAAUCCUCAGAGACCAUCGGCUGCAAAGAGAGGACCUGUGGGUGCGAGAGGGAAAGAUUUUGGACCCAGAGAAGCUCUUCUUUGAUGAGGAAGGUUUUGCCGACUGUAAAAUCGACUGUGGGAAUAGAAUCCUCACACCUGGAUUCAUAGAUGUUCAGAUAAAUGGUGGAUUUGGCAUUGACUUCUCCCAGGCCACCAAUGACAUCAAACAGGGCGUGGCUUUGGUGGCCAAAAAGGUUCUGGAACAUGGAGUCACCUCCAUCUGUCCCACCCUCGUCACGUCUCCUCCAGAAAUUUAUCACCAGGUGAUCCCAGAGAUAACUGUGAAGGAUGGGGGAGCAGAGGGUGCUGGUGUCCUAGGUCUUCAUCUGGAAGGUCCGUUUAUAAGUAAGGAGAAGAAAGGCGCUCACCCUCCGCAAUUUAUCCGGCCUUUUAAAAAUGGGGGCGUGGCCGAUUUGAUGGAGACAUAUGGAACACUAGAGAAUGUUGCUGUGGUCACGAUAGCCCCGGAAUUGACUGAUAGCGGGCCAGCAAUCCGUGAACUGGUGAGAAGAGGCAUUACAGUGUCAUUAGGACACUCCAUGGCUGAUCUCUCUCAGGCUGAGGAGGCUGUUCAGAAUGGAGCUUCAUUCAUCACACACCUGUUCAACGCCAUGCUGCCUUUUCAUCACCGUGACCCGGGCAUUGUGGGACUGCUGACCAGUGACAACGUGCCUGCAGGACGCACUGUGUACUACGGCAUGAUCUCUGACGGAAUACACACACACCCUGCAGCACUGAGAAUAGCACACAGAUCACAUCCAGCAGGUUUGGUGUUGGUCACAGAUGCCGUUCCAGCAAUGGGUCUACCAGCAGGCCGACACACACUUGGACAGCAAGAGAUUCACAUACAAGGACUUCAUGCAUAUGUUGCAGGAACUACGACUCUGAGUGGCAGCAUCGCAACCAUGGACAUGUGUGUGAGACACUUCAAACAGGCCUCAGGCUGUACAGUUGAAUCUGCAUUAGAAGCUGCUUCUCUGCAUCCGGCUCAGCUGCUGGGAAUCAGCCACAGAAAGGGAACGCUGGACUACGGUGCAGAUGCAGAUUUUAUCAUCCUGGACGAUACCCUGACUGUCAGAGAAACAUACAUCGCUGGUCAGAUGGUCUGGAAAAAGUGAUCCCCCCAAAAAAUUACACAUGGGAGCAUGAAUGAAGCACAAUGCACACACAAACACACACACACACACACACACACACACAUCAAUGGGGCCCGUUGACUGUAAGUGUGCAAUAAAGCUCAGGAUCUGAAUAAGUGGCAUUAAAAUAAGAUACAGUGUACAGUUUGAGGUUUUAUAUACAUUUCAAAUCAUUAUAUUAAUUUCUGAACCUCUAAGGGCAGUUUCCCCAGACAGGGAUUAAGCCUAGUCUUAGACUACACAGCAUUUUCAUAAAGAGAUUUUCCACUGGAAGCAAAGCAGUUAAUAAAUAGGCUAAUCCCUAUCUGGAAAAGCAACCUUCAAGGAUAAUUCCUCAAUCCAACACAAUAUAAUUUCAUAUAUUCCUUAAAUUCCUUUGAUUUAUAUUCAUGAUUUUUUUUAUAUACAUUGGCACUGAAGCCACUUGUUGAAUCAAUCAUGUAGCACCUAGAUCAGCCUGUGUGGAACUCCUCUUCAGGGUUGAUUUACUUGGUUUACAUAAGAUGUAAGCUCAUCAGCUUGCCUUGCUACAGGCUGCGUGCUGAUUAGAGGCAUUAUAAAAGCUAAUAAAACUCUGCUGACUGAAGCUGA